AUGUCGAAUGAAACCCCAUUUAUUGUUCCAUCUCUCACCAAGGAAAAUUAUGAUAAUUGGUGUAUAAGAAUGAAGGCUUUGCUUGGAUCAUAUGAAGCUUGGGAUCCUGUGGAGAAUGACGUUGAUGAAAAUGUGGCAUCUGCCAAGAAGAAGGACCAAAAGGCGCUCACCCUCAUCCAUCAAAGUUUGGAUGAAAAGAUGUUUGAGAAAGUUGUUGCGGCAACUACUUCCAAGCAAGCAUGGGAAACUCUUCAAGCUUCAUUUAAAGGUGUUGAUAAAGUGAAGAAGGUACGUCUCCAAACAUUGAGAGGAGAGUUUGAAUCUCUACGCAUGAAGGAUUCCGAAUCUAUUUCGGAUUAUCUCUCGAGAGUAUUGGCUGUCACAAAUCAAUUGAAAAGAUACGGAGAUGAUAUGAAAGAUGAUCGAAUUGUUGGAAAAAUUUUGAGGUCUUUGGAUCCAAGAUUUUAUUAUAUCGUGGUUGCCAUCGAAGAGUCUAAAGAUCUAGACACCAUGACCGUUGAUGAACUUGCCGGAUCUUUACAAGCACACGAAGAAAGAUUGAUAAAACCGGUUCAAGAAUCGGUUGAACAAGUUUUGAAAGCAAAGCUAUCAUUGAAAGACACAAACCAAGGCACAUCCCAAAGAGGUCGCAGAUGUGGAGGAUCUCAAGGGCAGGGUGUAAAAUAUCGAAAAAAAUAG